AUGUUUUGUAUGCCACACGAGCUGUAUCCUCAACAUAAGCUUCUCUCACCGAGUCAGCAGGAGCCUUCGUCAUUGUGUCCGUCUGAGUUUCUGCCUGACUGCAUCGCUGAGGCGCCCAGCUUGCAUCUCGGAGCGGGUAAAAAGCGGGCGGCCGCAGAAGGGGCCCGCGGGGCGCCAGUCAACAAGAGGAAAUCGCUCCUGAUGAAGCCCCGCCACUACAGUCCCAGUCCCUGCCCCAGCGAGGGGGACGGCGAGGAAGACCUGGCAAGCGCUCAGGACAAAGACGUGCCCAGGAACACUGACACUCCAGCAGAUGAGGACCUCAAUGGUGGUGAUGUUCUGGAAGACGCUAUCUAUCACAACGCAAAGUCUCACCACUUGUUGUCAUGGUCAGAACGAACGAGUGAAGGUUCGCCAGACCUGGCGGCUCAGAUAUCCGAACACCAGAAUGAGCAAGAGGAGGAGGAGGAACACAACCAGGACUUUGAAGACAAAAACCAAGAAGAGAUCAGAGCCAGUUAUCACCUGUCUCCAGACACAGAGGCAGAUGAAGAAGAAUGGAGCGCUCCUCCAUCCCUAACGAAGGUCAACGGGAUCCAUCACAGCCCCAGUCCACCUGCAGACGAUGCUCUUAUGAAGAGACUCCGGAUUGGACAGCAGCUGCACGAAGACGCUCUUUCUGCUUACAUGAACAGAAACAGUGCAGGGACCUUUAUGGAGGAGUAUGGCUCUGCAAGAGAGUUCAGCGACAGUGAGGAGGAGCUCCAGACGCCCAGGAUGGAGGAGCGAGGAGGUGUUUGGGGUCCAGGUCUGGUGGCCAGACGUCUGGAGCUGGACAGGGCCCGACUGAACCUCAGUCUUCUAGAGCAGGCCAUGGUGCUGCAGUCUGAACAUAGACAGGUCCUCCACAGUGCCUACAAAGACAUGGACCGCUUCUUCCUGGAGCAGAUGAACCACGAACGGAGACAGCAGAGGAUGCUGGAGAUAGACGCUCGAGCCAUGUACCACAGCAGCAAAGAUUCCCCUCGGACAGAAAAGAAAGACAUCAAAUGUCCGACCCCGGGCUGUGAUGGGACGGGUCAUGUGACAGGCCUCUACCCUCAUCACCGGAGUCUAUCAGGAUGUCCCCACAAAGUCAGAGUGCCCCCAGAGAUCCUCGCCAUGCACGAAAACGUCCUCAAGUGUCCGACCCCUGGCUGUACAGGAAGAGGUCAUGUCAACAGUAACCGUAGCACGCAUAGAAGUCUCUCAGGCUGCCCGAUAGCUGCUGCAGAGAAGAUCUCCAAACCGCAGGAGGAUCCCACAAAUUGCAGACAGACGGCAGAGAGGAUGACGAGACCUUUAGGAAACAUGAAGAAAUUUGACUUCACGUACAGAUUUGCACAUCCUAUGGCAGCGUUGCAGGCCAGCAUGGCCAAAGACAUGGACAAGUACACUAAAGGCCAUUUCGACUACGCCAGUUUUGAUGCCCAGGUCUUUGGCAAGCAGGCUCAGAUGGCAUCCGACCAGAGUCACGAAUCUUCACACUUUCCUGACUCCGCUCAGUUCCCCUGUUUUCUGGGUUCUGGUGGUCAUAUGAUCAUGGCCGGAGACAACAGACCCAGUCGACAUAAAGCCCAAAGCAACGCCCUCCAGUCCAACAUCGCAUCCGCAGCCAUCCUCAACCUCUCAACCCGUUGCCGAGACAACGGCGAGGCCCUGCCCCCCAGCCGGCCCCUGGCAUCAUCCACAAAGGACUCUCUGAUAGAGGUAGACGAGAAUGGAACGCUGGAUUUAAGUAUGAAGAAAAAGAGAGAAAAGGCGAGGGACUGUUCCGUGAUGCCGGCGUUAGGAGACGCUCUUUUCAUCCCACCUGAACCUUCUCUAGCCAAAGCGGCGGGUCUCCAGAUCUCACCGGCCAUCUACCGUGUCCUCUACGAACAGGACGCCUGGGACACGCCGCUGAACUACAGCAAAACACCUGCACAGCAAGACAAAGAGAUGGAUCAGCUGGAGAAGGCGUCUCUCGAGGAUAAAGCAUACAAUGGGGAUGCAAGCAUGGCAAAAAAUAAGAUGCUCAUAAGAGACAACAAGAAAGAGCUGAUGAGUUGUCCGACACCAGGUUGUGAUGGUAGUGGUCAUGUGACAGGAAAUUAUGCGUCACAUAGAAGUGUAUCUGGUUGCCCACUGGCUGACAAGACCCUGAAAUCACUAAUGGCUGCUAAUUCGCAAGAGCUCAGGUGCCCGGUGGCAGGCUGUGACGGUCAGGGCCACGUGUCGGGUAAAUACACGUCUCAUCGCAGCGCAGGAAGUUGCCCGAUCGCCACCAAGCUGCAGAAGGAGAGCUCUGUGAACGGAUCUGCCUUUUCCUGGAAGCUCUGUAAACAGGAGCUUCCGCACUGCCCUCUGCCCGGCUGCAACGGCUUGGGUCACGCCAACAACGUCUUUAUCACACACAGGAGUUUGUCAGGAUGUCCACUAAACGCCCAGAGUAUCAAGAAGAAACUCUCCGAUGAGGAGAUGAUGACCAUCAAACUCAAAACCAGCAGCGGUUUCGAAAACAGUGAAGACAUGCAGCACUUGGAUCACGAAAUAAAGGAGCUAAAUGAAUCCAAUCUGAAGAUAGAAGCAGACAUGAUGCAGCUCCAGACUCAGAUUUCAUCUAUGGAGUGCAACCUCAAGACUAUCGAGGAGGAGAAUAAAAUAAUCGAGCAGCACAACGACAGUCUGUUGAAGGAGUUAGCGCAUCUCAGUCAAGCACUUAUCAACAGUCUCACAGAUAUCCAGCUGCCGCAGAUGGGUCCAAUAAACGAACAGAACUUCGAAGCCUACGUGAACACGUUGACGGAUAUGUACAACAAUUCAGAGCAGGAGUAUUCACCCGAAUGCAAAGCCUUACUGGACAGCAUCAGACAGGCCAUCAAGGGCAUUCACAUAUAAGGCCAAACUCUCGUUCACAACCCUUUGAUUGUCCGCAGAGGGCUGGCUUUGUCAUCUGUGCAAGAUAUGUCUCGUUUAA